AGCUAACCUAGGCUGCUUGGCUGUGUUGAUACCUCAGUUCACAUGAACACAACGCAUAUGAAUGUGCAAACAAUGGUAGCUGCUAAGCAGCACGAUCUACUCGCCGCAGCAGCGGAGGCACAGUUAAACGCAUUUUGCCCAGUGAGCCAACUUCAAGUGGGAGCUGCAGUCCUAACCAAUAAUGGAGAAAUAUUUUCCGGUUCAAACGUGGAAAUCGCCUCCUUACCCUGUGGUUGGUGUGCCGAAAUAAGUGCGGUUGCAGCGGCCGUGUCACAUGGAUUUCGAAAAUUCAUCGCUUGCGCUGUCUCGACCAGUUCAAAAGAGACGGUUAGCCCUUGUGGUCGUUGUCGCCAGGUUUUGGCUGAGUUCGCCGGACCAGAAGCCAUCAUCUUUAUGAGGAGUAGCGAAAGUGUGGUGCAUACAAUGGAGCUUGGUGCUUUAUUGCCACUUACAUUCAAAAUGAACACUCUGCCUCAACUAUCACACAUGCCAUGAGAUUGAACUUGGCAGCACAUCGACUGGAAAGCAAUUGUUUAUUUAUGAUAACUGUCUUACCUUCAUCGCUUCUGAGCUGCUUUACAAUAAUAAAGAAUCAGGGACUCAGCAUCUAGACUCGGUUUGUGCUAGAGGCAUUUUGUCUCUCACACGCUGCAUUUUUAAUGCCUUCCCAGCUUUCCACUGUCUAUAAUGCCCAUGGUAGUAGCAGCCCUCGUCGCUGCACAAAUCUUUCCCACCCACAAACGUUCACUCAAUCUAAAAUGAAGAAUGUGGUGAUGCAGUCAGCCGGAAUAUGUGCGACGAAUGUCUAUGCAUUUCAAACUUUUUGAUUCAAAUUGUGUACAAUCGACCUUUGUUCAUGCUAUCCUCAAUCUUAGGUCGCAAGUGCCACUAUGGCGUAAGACUUCCACUCUCUACUUGUACUAUUCCCUGCAACGUCAGACCCUACUGCAGAAUCUACGGCCUGCUGUCAACAAGGUGGCUGAUAAGGUUGUCCAUUGUUAAGAAGACUGUGCAGCGUUGCCACUGCCUUAGUCGUCCUUAAAACAUCUAUCAAAAUAUGACCGAUGAAACUU